AUGUUUAACGAGCUUUUUAAAAAAGUUGUGGAACAAGUAUCCAAUGUCUCAAAGUUCAGUCCAGAGGAAAUCGAGAGAUGUAUGGAAAAGUCCUGCCAGCCAAAGAAGCCAAAUGUUACUCUUUUCCUCAUUAAAAUAUCGUCCUCUCCACAGGAAGAUGCUAAGGAGCUUCAUGAAGCGCUUGAAAAGGCAAGCAUCGAGCUGAUUCAAAACCUGGCCAUAAGAGGACCUUCGGUGUGCUUUGACAUUAACAAGAAGGCAAUACUCAAGGAUGUUCUUGGUUAUAUCCAAAGUAACAAGGAGACAUUUGGAAACAAUAGCAUUGGAAAAGGCAAACGAAUGGUGGUGGAAUACAGUAGCCCCAACAUUGCAAAGAUUUUCCACAUAGGACAUCUGAGAACAACAAUAUUAGGCCAGUUUAUCGUAAACUUACUGAAGGCAUCUGGAUACGAGACAGUCAGUAUGAACUACUUUGGAGAUUGGGGAAAACAAUUUGGCUUUGUACUCCUUGGAUACAGUAAGUAUGGAAGUGAAGAGGAGCUGGAGAAAGACCCUCUCAAGCAUCUGUUCAAUGUCUAUGUGAAGAUAAGCGCCGAUGCAAAGGAAAACCCAGAAGUUGAUCUGGAGGCCAGAGAGAUCUUCAGGAAGAUGGAGGAGGAAAACGACGAAUGGUGCAUGAAUCUCUGGAAAAGAUUCCGGGAGCUGAGUGUUGAAAAAUACAAGAGUCUCUAUGAAAGAUUGAAUGUGAGAUUCGAUGUCUAUUCCGGAGAAAGCCUGUACAACAAAAAGGGGAAAGAGAUAGUUGAGGCGUAUAAGGAAGUCAAGACAGAUGAGGACGGGUCCAAGGUAUUUGAUCUUGGAAAAAACAGAAAGGUACUUGUGAUGAAGAACGAUGGAACGACACUCUACAUAACAAGAGAUAUUGCUGCCGCAAUUGAAAGACUUGAGAAAUAUUCUCCUGAAAAGAUCAUCUACGUUGUGUCGACCGAGCAGAACAAACACUUUGAAGAUCUCUUCAAGAUUCUUGGGAUUCUUGGGCACGACGAAAGCAAAUUCUUGCAUGUAAGCUACGGAUUGGUUGCUGGGAUGUCUACAAGAGCCGGAAAGGCCCAAUUCCUCGAGGACAUAAUCCAAGAAUCUACAAGUGUCAUGAAGAAGGUCAUGAUGUCGGAUAGUACCAAGAACUCGUUUACAAUGGACGAGAUUGACCAGACUGCCGAAGUCCUUGCCAUAUCAACACUUCUAGUAAUGGAUUUUACUGCUAGAAGAGUUAAGGGAUAUGAGUUUGACAUUGAAAAGAGGGCAAGAAACACCUCUGGAACAGGGCCGUACUUGCAGUAUGCUCAUUGCAGACUGAAGAGCAUCGAAUCCAGGAACAGCGAUGUUGACUACAGCGAUAUCAACACGAUCGACUUUAGCCUUAUUCAUGUUCCAGAGGUUUUCAAUCUUGUCUACAAGCUCCUGUGGUUUGAGCAUGCUGUUGAAAAGUGUCUGGACGACUACGAGCCUUCGAGAAUCGUCACAUAUCUUCAAGAUCUUGCUAGCUGCGUCAAUGUCGCAAUCAAUAGCCUAAAGGUUCUAGGUGUGGAGAAGGAACUUGCCAGAGCUCGACUCCUUGUUCUGUCUUCUGCAAGGAUCGUUCUUCAUAACGGACUAAAAAUCCUUGGAGCUACACCUUUGAAUAAAAUGUGA